AAGGUAAGUCAGAAUAUAUAUUUUUAAGCCAAGCUUGUUGAGGAAGUCAAUCUUAAAUAUUUUAUUUCUAGUGGAGUUGAAACUGAUAUAUGUGAAUGUUAAACUAAUCAUAUAACACCAUAUAUACUAUGUCGUCCAAAUUGAAAUUGAGUGGGAUCAUAACAAAACCAACUUCUAGAUCAUAACAAGACCACUUCUAGAUCAUAACAAAACUAACUUCUCGAUCAUAACAAAGUUAAAACUUUUUGCAUGAAUUGAUAAUCAAAAACAAGGUUUGCAGAAUAUGGGCUUAAUAAAAUUGGCUAGAGAAAUGCGUAUUUUGCUCUCCAUUUAAGUUCCCUUCUUAUAGUAUAGAAAUUUAGAGUCUAUAAUCAUUUUGUUUUCAAUUUUUUAUUAACCUUGAAAGUUAUUUGGUAAAUCCUUUCUUUUAAGCAAGGAGCCUUGUAAAUUUUGUAGUUUUCUUCGAAUCUAUAUAUUAUGGGCCUAAAAUUGUAACGCAAAACUAAAACUACGUUAAUUUUGAACAAUUUGAAAAGUCCAAAACAUCAACUUUCAGAAUAUGGCAGCAACAAAUAUACAUUAAAACCUCUCUAAAGAAAUAAUAUAUAAGAAAUAACCUCAAGUCAUAACAAAUUAUGGUCCUAAGUUGGGACUAGUUAUGUAUAGAAAUAAACUCCAUACUAUAAUAAGAUAUAAUUUUUCUUGAUUCCAUCUAAGGAAACACACAUCCACAUAGCUAUAAUUUUUGCUUCCAGUUGGGGUUUGAUGCUUUCUUUUUUGCACAAUCAACACUAACAAUUUUAGUUAACUGAUUUUCAUAUUGACCUUGGGUGGACAUGACUGAUUUGAUAGAGAAAAAAUGAAAUGUAUUCAACACCCUUUAUAUACACAAUGGGACAUUGGGCAUUAAAGAACAACUCCAAGGAGUACAAGUAAAUAAAGUACAUAUGUGUAAGAAAUAAAAUACUUGGGUACCUACGAAGUUCUAUUUAGAAUAUCCAGCUUUCAUGAAGGAAUAACUAAGUUAGUAAAAAAUAUUUUUAAACUACACCUAUUUCUGUAAUAACCUCUCCAAAAUCAUAAAAUUUGUUUGCUCCCAGCUUUAUGGGCUUUACUACAUAACAUAUUAAUGGGUGAAUUACCUAUCUCUCCAAUCACUUUUUUAUUUUUUAUUUUUUUUUAUUGAUUGCCACUUCGUUUGUUUAAUUUAUUGAUAAAAUAACCCAAUUUCUAAGCUACGGUGUUAGAAAAGACAAUCAAAAACAUAAUUUGGAAGCAAAAUACAAUAAUCUAAGGUAUUUUGUUUGUGAAUGCAAAAUCCAAAGUUGUUUCCAAUAUGAACUUGAACAGAGACACAGGCAUUUUAAAAAUGUGCAUAACAUGAAAAGUAGACGGUGAAAGCGAUGGUUUCUAAGAGAUGCAAACAGAUCAUAAGGUCAAGAUUCAGCAAAUAAUCCAACGGCUUCACAUGAAUAUAUGCUAGGGCGGGCCCCCGUUUUUUGCUUAUUUCGCCUGUAUUCAUUUCGGCUGGGCACGAAGCUUCAACUAUAUAUCAGCGUAAAAGUUUCAGUCAAGCUCCUCCUCCUUUCCAAACCCUCUCCAUUAAAUUGCUCUCUAUUUCUUGCUUUUCAUGCUUGCUUGGAUUUUGGGUUUUGUGAGCUUUGUUUCUUUUUAGAGAGAGAGAGAGAGAGAGGAUGAAGUGUAGCAGUGAGUCUUCUUCCAAACCGGACAGGAAGACAGUGGAGAGAAACAGAAGAAUUCAAAUGAAAAGUCUCUGCUUCAGGCUUGCUUCACUUGUCCCUCCCCAACACUUCAAAACCACCAACUCCAAGGAUACUGUGUCAAUGCAAAAUCAGCUUGAUACUACAGCAUCCUAUAUAAAGCAACUGAGAGAGAGAAUAGAGAAUUUGAAGGAGCGGAAGGAGAAAGCAAUGAGGUCACAAUUAGGCAGUUCUAAUUCUGACAUUGGUGCUAUUGCUGCCGAAAAUGCUGUAAUGACGGGAUCAAGAUUACCAGUUCUUGUAUUACGAGAAUCGGGUUCCUGCAUAGAAGUUAUGCUGAUUAGUGGGUUGAAUAAGAACUUCAUGUUUUAUGAAGUCAUCCGUGUUCUUCAGGAACAAGGAGCUGAAGUUGUCAGCGCUAGCUUUUCCACUGUAGGCGAUAAAGUUUUCCACUCGGUGCAUGCUCAGGUCAAAAUUUCUAGAGUUGGAGUAGAGAUUUCAAUGGUAUGGCAGAGACUACAGAAUUUGUUAUACUGAGUAGCUAGCUUUAGCUCUUGAAAACUGAAGAUUUAUAGAUAAUGUUUUAGCAACUGCAUCAUGAAAGAGCUCCGGAAGGAGAGGCGUAAUUUGGAUACAGAAAUUGAUGUUCCCUGUUUCCUGGGCGAGCCAUUGAGUUAAUAAUCAAUGAAUCUAUUAAUAUA